CUGCCCCUUCCAGAAGGAGCCACAGAGAGAGAAGAGGGUGGCUGAUCUCUCGCUCUAGCCAAGUGCCUGGCCAAGUUUCCUGCCCCAUUCACUGGGCUUCCUCACUGUACCUCGGACGGGACAGAUCUGGGCGCUGAUGCUCCAGCAGACCCCAACAGCUGCUAUGGCAAGCAGCAGGGACUCAGACAGUGAGCAAGUGGUACCAGAUGAAGAGGAUAGACCAGAUGUGAAGGCAGUACAGGCCCGCUAUCUCCGCAGCCCCUCCCCGAGUCGGUGCUCAAUAAUGUCAGACACAGACACAGAGAGUAUUUUCAUGGAGCCAAUCCACCUGUCUUCUGCUGUGGCUGCCAAACAGAUAAUCAAUGAAGAGCUGAAGACAAAAGAGGUCAAAGCAGAUACAGUUUGUCUGGGGAUGUUGGAAUCUGCAAAGCAGCUGCUGGUAGAGGACCUGUAUAACCGAGUUAAGGAAAAGAUUGAUGACACCAGCCUGUUCAACACACCGUGUGUGAUGGACUUGCAGAGGGCACUGGUGAAAGACAGGCUAGAAGCCCCCAAGGAUCCUGUGGAUGAAGUCUGGCCCAAUGUCUUCAUAGCAGAGAAGAGUGUCGCAGUGAACAAAGGCCGUCUGAAGAGACUUGGCAUCACCCACAUCCUAAAUGCAGCUCAUGGUACUGGUGUGUACACAGGGUCAGAUUUCUACAAUGGCUUGAAUAUCCAGUACCUGGGCAUUGAGGUGGAUGAUUUCCCAGAUAUGGACAUCUCCAAACACUUCCACCAGGCUGCAGAAUUCCUCGAUGAAGCAUUGCUGACUUACAGAGGUAAAAUCCUGGUGAGCAGUGAAAUGGGAAUCAGUCGCUCAGCUGUGCUGGUGGCUGCUUACCUGAUGAUCUAUCACCACAUGACCAUCUUGGAGGCCUUGAUGACCCUGAGAAAGAAGCGUGCUAUUUACCCCAAUGAUGGCUUUUUGAAACAGCUUAGGGACCUCAAUGAGCAGCUGCUGGAGGAGCGAGAGGAGGAGGAUGCUGCUGGUGAGGAUGACACCGCUAGCCAGAGUUCAGUCAUCCGAGCAGGGGCUUGUUCCCUGCCGUCUGGGGCAGAGGACUCUGGAAGUGUCAUGGGAGCCAAAGUGCACUCCAUCACAGUGGAGGAAGAAGAUACCACCAGCAUCCUCGGAAGUGUUCUGAGCUCCUCAUCCUUGGGAAAAUCAAGUUUGGCUUCCAAGCAGCCUACUCUCAUCAGUGAGGAAGAGGAGGAACAGCUGUAUGAGGAGUGGAGAAAAAAUCAAGGCUUGCCUGCAAGGGAGCUACCAAACAAGGAGGAAGAAAGAAAACCUCUGAGGCUUCCAGACCAGGCUGGGGAAGAAUCUGAGGAGGAUGUGGAGAGAAUGAUCCAAGAGUGGCAGUGCAGAAAUGAGAAAUACCAAGUGGAAGGUAAUUGUCCACCCAAGAGGGAGGAUGAAGACUGUAGCAUGGGAGGAAGACCCUAUCAUUCAAGUGAAUUCAGCGACUCUGAGAGCGUGAGCAGCCUCGACAUCCAAAUCUUGAAGCAACAACUGGAAGCCAGUGGCAUCAAAAGGAUGACAAGGGGCCGCACAGACUCUGUGUCUACAGAGAGCACCUGGGACAUGUGGAACCAAAGGCUACUAGAGAUUGAGAAAGAAGCAGCUCAGCGAUAUUGCUCUAGGAAUAAAAGUUGUGAGGACAGUCCAGAACAAGGGCCAGGAGGAAAGGUCAGGGACGUGGAUGAGGAAAGUGUGUUCUCAGACACCAGCUCCUUCUAUAACUUCUGCCAAAAGAACAAAGACAAGCUGACUCCUCUUGAAAGAUGGAAGAUCAAGAGAAUCCAGUUUGGCUUUCACAAGAAGGACCUUGAAUCAUCCGAACGCCCCAAAGUGGAAGAGGGCAGCCAGCCAGGUGAGGAGGCCACAGAGGAGAAGAGUCUGUCAGAUGUUAACCUGACUGCUUACCAGGCCUGGAAAAUGAAACACCAGAAAAAGGUCGGCAGUGAAAACAAGAAUGAGAUUGUGGAGCUUGCCAAGGGCGAAGAUUCUGCCUCAGCUAAAAAGAAGCAGAGGCGAGCGGAGCUGCUUGAACAUUCAAAGAAGGUCCUGGAAGAAAGCCAGUCCCUGUGCAGCUGGGAAGCAGAGAGCGCAAUGAGUGGCAGUAUCCCACUGUCAGCUUUUUGGCCUUCAACACCUUCCAUAAGUGGUGCUGAUGAUUCAGCUUCUGCACUAAGUGUGCAGAGUAACCUCCCACCUUUAUCUCAGACCAGAAGCAGCACUGGGGCCAUGCAGCCCCAAAUGCCAGUUAUACCUUUACCUAACCUCCAAGCUGGCCCAAGUGAUACAAUAUCCAUGGCAAGUAUUCAGAACUGGAUUGCCAAUGUGGUUAGUGAAACCAUUGCUCAGAAACAAAGUGAGAUACUGAUGCUGUCCCGCCCACCCUCUGAAAUGGCUUCCAGCAUGAAGUCAGGUGAUUUUGGCAGGCACCUAGAUGAUGACAAGAUCUCCCUCCUUAGUGCACAGAGUGGCUCAUCUCUAGCUGGUUCACUACUCCGCCAGCGGGACAUGCGCUGUGCUGAUACCCAGUCUGUCCUGUCUUGCAACACCUCAAUGAGCGCAAGGACAGAAGGGUCCAGCUCACGAGUGACACAGACAAGCAAGCCAUUGUUCAGUCUUUUCGCAGAUGAUGUUGACCUGAAGAAACUCAGCCAGAAGGAGAAGGAGAUGCAAAUGGAGAUGAGGGAGAAAAUGUCAGAUUAUCAAAUUGAAAAGCUUGUCAGAGACAACAAACGCAGCACUUUAUUUAAAAAGAAAAAGGACAAGGGGGAAGAUGAAGAAGAGAAAGUAAAAGAUGACACAGAAAGCACACUAGGCAAUGUUAGAUACCCCUUGCAAACAGAUAUUGACAGAAAUCAUACCACUUCUGCUUUCUCCGGUCAAUAUGCAAAUACUGGUGCCAUAAAUUCAGAGACAGAGAUGAAUGUUAGCAAGUGGCUCAAUGACCUGAAAGAAGAAGAAAGACCAUCACAUCAUACCCAGAGUGAGAAGGCUGGUGAGAAACACAACAGAUCCUCCACUGUUAGGCAGGUAAACUCUGAAUCAGAAUCAUCCAGCUACAGAUUCUCCAGAUCCCAAAGAGCAAAACUGGACAGUUUUUCUUCCUCUGAGUCUAAUGGUGAUUCACUGAGAACCACAUCAAGAUUUUCCUCUGUCUCUGCAGAAAAGGAUAAGGAAAUGUACAAGUUCACCCGAUCAAAGGUUAGUGAGACAAGUUCCAGGGAAGAAAGCCCAGAGCCAUAUUUUUUCAGAAAAACACCUGAACCAUCCUCUGACUCUGAAUCUCCUGAAGCAUCAGCACACAGUCGAUUCAGAUCCCAACAUGUUGAAGAAUCUGAAGAAGAGUCCAGGACAGAUAUGUCUGAAUUUGGAGCAAAGAGAAAGUUCACCCAAAGUUUUUCAAAGUCUGAGGAGGAUGGAGAGAAAGAAGAGAAAGUGGAAAAAAGUGAGGAGAGGUUUGCAUCAAGGAGAUCCUCACAGUACCGGCACAGCACCCGCAAGGAAGAGGAAGAGGAAAUGGAUGAUGAUGCCAUUAUUGCUGCCUGGAGAAACAGGCUGGAAGAAACUCAGGCAAAGCUCCGGCGAAGGAGAGAAGAAUGAUCAAGGAUAAGAUUUUGAAGAUUCUAGGUGGACUGUAAUCGAAUCCCAACUCUGGGGAAAGGGGGAGAGCUUUCUAUUCAGGAGUCCCAGACCCAGCUAUCACCUGAAUCAUUCACCAUUACAUUUGUGGAUCAUACUACAUGGCUGGCAGAACAUUGCUAAUGUCCUGCAAGCAUUUAUUUCUCUUUAACCAACAGCCUUGGUAGGAGGAGGUCAAGCACUGGAAGUAUUUGUGGCUUGCUGAAAAGAAGCAGCUUGUGCUCAGUGAUCAGUAUAGGUAUAAAAAGCAUAAGGAGCUACUUGCAUCUGAAGAAUAUUUUAUUAGCAAAUGCAGGUAAUGCCAUUAUGCCCUGUAGGAUAGUGCCCACAAAUCAAGACUUUGGUCCAAAGCCAUUUUGAUUAUAUCAAGUUUCUAGAUUCACUAAAGAGCUGCUCCAGCAUUUUUUUCUACUUUCAUUUAAAUUGGAAGUAGGAGAGAUAAUGUACAACCUUCCUUUGAAAAUGUAGGUUCUUCUCCUAAUAGCUUUGCUGUUACUGAUAAUUUCUUAUUAAUACCCAUUUUCUUAUUUAGCAGAAGCCCACCUUUUUUUACCCCCACCAAUGUCAUGAAUGUCAGCAAAAAUGGCAAAGUGGGCAAUCCUGGUUGGUCACUUAAUAGGAGAGGGAAAUGAUUGUGAAAGCAAAAGAAGACUGUACCAAAUGUUACUGAUGUAUGUUACUGAAAGGAGCAUACAGAAACAUUCUGAAUGCAGUGCUUGAUAGUCUGUCCCUUUUUAAAAUGAACACAUCUAGGGUGGAUCUCAAUGCCUAUGCGGGAGAACUGAUAUAACCAAUACAGUGACAAGAAGGUAUUCUUCCUCUAGAAUUUAAUGUUCUAAAUCAAGGGUAUCAAAGAUACAGCCUGGGGGGGUCCAUGGAGACUGAGGAUCUGGCCUGUGGGUCUCAGACUGACCUUGUGUGCUACAUAUGGUAUGCACUGGCUCUGGUCCUGUGUGCCACUUACAGUGUAUAGAGCCAGUCUGGCACAUACUACAUAUACUGCCCACACUGCUUGCUGGUUCCAGGAUCAGCUCGGUUCCCAGACCAUCCCUGCUCACCAGAGCCAGAAUACAGGGUCAGUCUAGCAUGGAUGCUGCAUGCAGCAAGCAGCCCAUGCCAGCUGUGCAUGCAAUGCAAAUCCUGAACCAAUGCUGGCACAUGCAUGUGGGGUGCAGGGAUGGAGCCAGUGCAUGUUACCAAUUCAGGUUGCGGCCUGUAUACAGAACCCCACCAGCCUUGUCCUGUGCACUGGCUCUGAGGCCAGUCCAGAUCGGGCCCGUAUACUAGGCCCACUUACCUGGACCAGGCCCCAGGGUGGCUAUGACACCGCCUGGUGGCUAAGCAGCUUGUGCCCCACUCUAGAUCCUCAGGGUACCCUCUCUUUUCCUUUCAUCUGUCAUGCCUUGAUGGAAUUAAUUUAUUGUAGAAGAGAGACUGCCCUAGAAUCACAGAGAGAGCCCAAGCCUACUUUGGCCAGCUGAUCCCUCCCGUACCUGACUGACUUCCAGUCUUGUCUUUCAAGCCCUAAACAGGGUCCCCCCUCGGCCCCAUCAGUGCCUCAGGGCACCAGUUAGCUUAAGAGCUAUUUGUGGUCUCCUACUGCCCCUACAGCCAUGCCCAUGCCUCACAGGUGGUACCUUAAAUUAUCCACUGGGCCCUCUGGCCCACCUGUUGCUCUCCUAUUAGCCUGCCAAACCCCUGGCCCUGCCAAGCGUCGCUCAGGUUUCUGGGACCCUGGCCCUAAUUCCCCUCCAGGCUUUGGCUGUCCUGGCCUAGGACUGCUCUGGCACCAGCCUUCCACUCUCUGGACCCCUGGCCCUCUCACACCAACUGUGGCUCUUGCACAGCUUUCUGCCCUCUAGGUCCCUGACAUCCAACUAGGCUGCCUACUACCAAGUGCCCAGCCAGAUCGCCCCUAUAGCCACAACCUGGCCCUCCAGUUCUUAAUCAGAACAUAAAUGCAAGCCCACUGGCUGUAUAACAAAAAAACUCUCCCCACACUGGGUCAAUAACUUCCCUGCAGACUAUAAGUCCCCUUUAACUCUCAAUUUGCAUCUCUUGGGGACAGCCUGGGUGCCGGCCAGUCCCUCUCUGCAGCCAUCCUGCUCAGGGGCCCCUCUCCCUGAUGCCUGCAGGGCCAAACUGCCUGCCUGCCUGGCCUUAUGUGCCUCCAUCACCCCAUCCCUUCAUGUCAGAUGACCUUCCAGUCACCUACAGGGGUUUCCAUUUUGACCUGAUGAUGAACCUAACCUUCUCUGCUGCUGCUUAGCUCUGCAUGGCUACAGGCUGCUUUUAUCUCUUUAUUUCUGGGCUGCCUAGAUGUCUGCCCCCUGCACAGCUUGCUUCUUUGCAGCUAGCUCCUGAGCCAGUCACUCCCAAGGGGUAGCCCACAUCCUGUUGUGGGGGCCUGCCUGCUUUCUGACAACUAGCUCUCUAGUAGCUAGUCUGCUUCCUAGCUGCUGGCCCCCACACAGCCAGCUUAGCCUGUUGCAGUAUCCCUUAAAGUAAGAGGAAACUCUGGCUCCCUCUUACAGGCCCCAUGCACCAGAGCCAGCACACAAGGCUGGUCCAGCGUGGUCACCUCACAGCACACACCCCAUGCUGGCUCUGCACGUGAGCUCUGGAUUGGUGCCAGCAUGUAUUGCAUACAGCUUGCAGAGUUGGUCCAGGGCAUGAGCUAUAUAAGCUACCAAUGUCAGACUGCCCUACAUGCUGGCUCCAAUAUGUAGGGCCAGUCUGUGGGUCUGAUCCCCUGCUCUGUGGGUUUGACACCCCUGCUGCAAAGGUGCAGACAGAAGAGCAGCUCCCUGUUGUAACUCAUAGUGCUUUGCAGGAAGCACCAUGAGUUACAAUG